AUUACUAAAUUAUGAGCUUAGUUGACAACCAACUGCUGGACAAUAAUGAUGACACUAACGAUGAUUUAGAUGACAAACAACAACAACAGGAGUGGUCACCUAAAGAAUUUCAUACCAUUCCCGGUCCAAAGCCUUCCCUGCCGUUUAUAGGAACGGGAUGGCAGUACCUAAAGUACGUUGGCAGGUAUGAUCUGGGUCGGCUACACGAGGCCAACGAGCACAAGUACUAUACGUACGGACCGAUUGUCAAGGAAGAGUAUCAAUGGAGAAAACCGAUUAUCCAUAUAUACGAUCCGAAAGACUUUGAAGUGGUACUGAAAAAUCAGGGCCGCUGUCCGAUUAGGCCGCCAAACGAUUUUGUGACACACUAUCGGCUAAGAAAUAAGGACCGAUACGCCAAUGUAGGCCUGAGUAAUAUGAUGGGCGACCAAUGGUACAGACAUCGGCAGCUAUUGGCGCCGGCAUUGAUGUCGCUGAAAGCCGUUCACCAGCACAUACCGUCGCAGAAUAAAAUAUGCGACGACUUUCUCGACUAUAUCUGGCAAAUCCGUGACCAGACUAAUGAUGUACUGAUGGACUUAUCCGACGCAACCAACCGAUUGGCAUUGGAGUCAAUCUGUAUGAUGUGUUUGGAUUCGCGGUUACACUGUUUUACCAGCGGCGGCGGCAACGGCGGCGAUGAUGAUGAUGAUGACAACAGUGACGAUGGCCAGCAGCUGAUUGCGGCCACUGGACUACUGUUUGAAAGUUAUAACGAACUAUACUAUGGGCUACCGUUUUGGAAACUAGUGGCCACCAGUUCCUAUCGUAAACUGGAUUCAGCCGAAACUGCUAUCUACGAUAUUGUUAGCAAAUAUAUAGAAAUUGGUUUGAAUAAGAUUCAAGAAAAUAGCGAUUCAAUUGGUAAUAACAACACUGACGCCGAUGACGGCGCCGAUGAUAGACUAGAAGAGUCGCCUAGAAGUAGUGUUUUGCAGACACUAUUGAAAACUGAUGGCCUAACCGAUAGCGAUAUCAAGAUUACGAUAAUUGAUUUUAUUGCCGGCGGUAUAUUCACUGUAUCCAAUACUCUGUGUUUUUUGUUUUAUCAUUUGGCCGCCAAUCCCGACGCCCAGCAACGACUGUACGAAGAGAUUCGGGAUGUUAUGGGCGACAAUAGUGAUGGUAACGAUGAUCUCACAGUCGAUAUGUUGGCACACAUGCCUUACCUGAAGGCCUGUGUCGCCGAAUGUUUUCGACUAACAAAUCCAGUGCCCGGAAUCAUGCGGGUUAUGACCGAACCGACUGUCCUGUCUGGAUAUCACAUCCCAGCAAAUACAGUAGUCUUCUCACAUUUGAUGGUAACGUCGAGACUGAAACAGUAUUUCGAGGAUCCGCUCAGCUAUCGGCCGGAACGAUGGCUGGACACUAACCGAUUGAACCGAUACCAUAGGUUUGCAUCGAUACCGUUCGGGUUCGGCAACCGGAUGUGUACCGGCAAACGGUUUGCCGAAUUGCAACUAUAUCUGACCACUGCUCGGCUGAUCAAACGAUACCAAAUACAGGCUCUUCAGCCGGAAUUGGAUCUGAAAUUUUGUUUUAUUAUAAUACCGUCGCAUAAGGUGUCCUUAAAGCUGAAAAAGAGAGAUUGAUUUUUUGGGUGUUUGGGAUCUGUUUAUUGUGUGGACACACUAUCCGUGUGUGUGUGUGUGUG